UGGUGUAUGCGCAUGAGAGCAGACUCCCAAUAUCUUUCGCCUUCGCUUAGAACACGUCCUGUAUUUCUCUCUCUAAACUUUUUUUAACAGCAAAGAACAAUCCAUAGACUACUAGAAACGCCACCAUGUCGACCGCUAUCCCAACCUUUGUUAAUGUUGAUCCAGAUGAGAUGUUUGUCUGUCCAUACGACCCAGUUCACCGCAUUUCGGCCAAGAGGUUUACUUACCAUUUGAUGAAGUGUCGUCGGAAUUAUAGCUCUAUGGAGUUUGUAAGAUGCCCAUUCAACGCUCGGCAUGAAAUGCCAAAAGAGGAAUUAGACUUUCAUGUUGCAAGAUGCCCAGACAAGAACGUCAUUAGACAAGACAUAGAACGAGAAACUGCGGAACCUCAAGUUUUCCGAACAUCCAACAGGCCUGUAACUCCUCCACCUACCAACCGUGAGUUUGGUGGCGAUGACUGGGAUUUAGAGGCAGACAACCAGCCGUUUGUAGCACCUAUUGCAGUUGGUCUCACUGAGGAGAGGGGUGACAGCAUCAGUGUCAUUCAAAACCUUCAGCAAGUUCAGCAGCAGCUUCAUGGCAGCGGUGAGCCAGUCCCUGUGAACUUAGCCGACAUGACACCAGCCCAAAGAAAGAACUACAAGCGAGCACAGAAGAGACAACAGAAAAGGCAAGCAGAGACAGGGGAUGAGAUGGGAGAAGCUGUGGCUUCUGAAGCGGAAAGACGGCAAGAGCUGAUGCAGCAGUAUAGCAUCCUAAUGAAUGAAGGAGGUUUUGUAGACUUUGUAAGUAUACUGAACCAAUGGUGUCAGAAAAACAAAGUAAAUCCUCCCAAGUACACUGAGGGGCCUGGUGUUGCUGGAGGCUUUGGUUCCAAAGUGGUCAUUCGAACCGAUGUAUUCAGCACCAACAAGUACUGCAAAACAAAGAAAGACGCCAAGCAAAAUGCUGCUAUGGUCGCUGUUGUUGCCUUGAAUGUACCUAUCGGAGAGGAGGGUCACGAUAAGCUGCUUGGUCUUCGUGCAAGGUCAACAGCAGAGAAAGAUCGCUUGCGGCAGGUUCACGAAGAAAAGCUGUUGAUGCAAGCUGGCUACAACAAUCCUGCCCCUGUACUUCAUCCCCCAAGCUCUUUUGCAGCUCGCUCCCAACCAAUCGCCACUGCACCCCCGGCAUAUAGUGAGCCGGCCACGGCAUACACAGAGAUGGACAGGCAAAUGGGUGAUAUGUCUCUUGGCCAACAGCAGUCAGUGGAUGACGAGGGCUGGAGCACAGUCGCAAAGAAAAACCCAACAGGGGUCAAGAAUCCUGUAUAUAACACCGCAAUGAAAGUCGCUGGCCGAGGUAGAGGAGCACGGAGAUGAGACACUACCUCAGGAGUUUUGUUAUUUCUCCACAUCGAGGACUUCAACCUUCCCCCCCCCCCCCCCCCUGUCUGCCAAACCAAUAUGGCGUUGAGCAGUUAAUGGGAGGGUGGUUGGGUAUGCUGAGCUUUUUACCAUGCCCCAUGCUGAAGUGCAAAGAAGAGUGAAAGAAGUAAGGACAUUAAUGGCUGACUACAUAGCUUUUCAGAGUCACUAUAUCUUCAGUCUUACUGAAGAUAUAGUGUGAUUCCAGAAAAAAAAAUCAAUAGAUUAAAGGUUGUUGGGGAAGCCUGCUCAAAAUUCUUUAUACUUUGGUGCAUUUUUUUUUCUGGAAUGACACAGCUGAAAGAGAUCUCAUUUGCUAUGUGUAUAUUUGAAAGUAUUGUAAUUUUAUAUUUUUAAUUUUAUGAAAUGAUCUUGCAUGCAAAAUUCAACAAGAUCCUUGCAAAAGCUGAUUCAGAAUAAAAGAUUUUAUGAAUUGAGGAGAAAUGUUUAGAUAUUUUGAUUUACGCUAUUAGGCCGCACAAAUAUUUCCCUUGAUCUGUAUUAUAUUUUUAACAUUUCUGUUGCAGUUCAUUUGUUAAAAUAGUUAGUUUGUAUAAAGCAUAUGGGUUUGCAGAAAAUUGAGACCUAAAAGACAUUUUAGAAAAUAAUGAGGUCCAAAAAGGAAAACAAAAAAUGUCUAUCAGGGUUCUAAAAUAUAGGGGAGGGGAUUUCAGAUAUGUAAAAACAAUUGGCUUUGUAAAACAUGUCAAUUUGGCUUUGUUUGAUGCUAAGGCUUCAUUCUUUGGUUUUCCAUCUCUGUUUUCUGCACACCCAGAGAUAUAGAACUUUAAUAGGAAAAGGGCUUUAAUAAAAAGAAGAAUCAAUAAAUAUUAAAUGAUUGAC